AUGUAUCACCUGAAGGUGCCUGUGCUUCUUCUCAUGCUGCUUGUGUUGCUGCACUGUGUCACCACUGCCCCAAGCAACAGGUACUUCAGUCCCAGCUCAUCCAGCGAGCAGGAAAGUGCUCUCUUAGACAGCGAGGGCUGGUUAGCACCCGGGCUAGUCUCUAACCCAUUCCUCAACCUCAUGGGUACACGGCUGCAACGGGGGCUCACACCUAUGGACAGCCACAACAUACAGAAGAGAAAGUGCAACACAGCCACCUGUGUCACCCAAAGGCUAGCAGACUUCUUGGUCCGCUCCAGUAACACUAUUGGUACUGUCUACGCACCGACCAACGUGGGAUCUGCCACCUACGGCAAGAGGGACCUACUGCAGCCUUCCAGCUAUCUGCCUCUCUAG